GCCCCCCUCCCCUUCCCCCCCCAGUGAACACCCCGCACCCCGGCUCCCGGCAGGCCCAGGGGGGGUGCGGGGCUCCCACCCUCAGUAGGCUCCAGGGUUAACACCACUGCCGGGAGCAGAGGAGGGUGAGGGGGGGGGGGAAUCUCCUCUCCCCCAGGAAGCACCAUGGACCACCCAGGACCCCCCCGGGCCACCUAGACGUGUCACCAACUGGCAACACCCCUUCCUUAACCACCCCACCCUGAGGGCAGCAGGAUGGCCCAGCACCGGCACGCCGUCCCCCCACCACUCAAGACAGAAGAGGAUUACAUCCCCUACCCCAGUGUGCACGAGGUGCUGGGCCGGGAGGGGCCGUUCCCCCUCAUCCUCCUGCCACAGUUUGGGGGUUAUUGGAUCGAGGGCACCAACCACCAGGUGAGCGAGGCACCCACCUCCCCCCCAACCCCGGCACCCAGCACCCGAGCGAGGCUGGAGGGGAACCACAUGGCCAAGAUCUACCGGAAGCACUUCUUGGGCAAGGAACACUUCAACUACUACUCCCUGGACCCUGCCCUGGGUCACCUCGUCUUCUCCCUCAAGUACGAUGAGCAGGAGCACCUCCACCUGCUGCUGCGCACCCGCACCCGCACCCUGCACGAUGUGGUGCCCAUCUCCUGCCUGGCCGAGUUCCCUAACGUGGUCCAGAUGGCCAAGCUGGUGUGUGAGGACAUCAAUGUGGAUCGCUUCUACCCUGUGCUCUACCCCAAGGCAUCCCGCCUCAUCCUCGCCUUUGAUGAGCACGUGCUCAGCAACCACUUCAAAUUUGGGGUCAUCUACCAAAAACUGGGGCAGGUAUGGGGUGGGGUGGGUGGGGGUCAGGAUGUUGGGUGGGGGGGUGUUUCUGGGUUGCUGGCACCCAUCCUCACCCCACCACAGACCUCUGAGGAGGAGCUCUUUGGGACGACGGAGGAGAGCCCGGCCUUCACCGAGUUCCUCGAUGUCCUGGGACAACGGGUGCAGCUGAGGGACUUCAAGGGGUUUCGGGGAGGGUUGGAUGUGACCCACGGGCAGACAGGCAGUGAGUCUGUGUACUGCCACUUCCGGGACAAGGAGAUCAUGUUCCAUGUCUCCACCAAGCUGCCCUAUACCGAAGGGGACACCCAGCAGCUGCAGCGGAAGCGUCACAUCGGCAACGACAUCGUGGCCAUCGUCUUCCAGGAUGAGAACACCCCCUUCGUCCCUGACAUGAUCGCCUCCAACUUCCUCCACGCCUUCGUGGUGGUGCAGCUGGAGCAGGGCAGCACCCAGGGCACCCUCUACAAAGUCUCAGUCACUGCCCGGGAUGAUGUGCCCUUCUUCGGCCCCCCGCUGCCCGACCCCGCUGUCUUCAGGAAGGGCCCCGAGUUCCAGGAGUUCCUGCUAACCAAGCUCAUCAACGCCGAGUACGCCUGCUACAAGGCUGAGAAGUUUGCCAAGCUGGAGGAGCGGACGCGGGCGGCCCUGCUGGAGACGCUGCACGAGGAGCUGCAGGCCCGCAGCCAGGCCAUGCUGGGGCUGGGCCCCGACGACGAGCGCCCCGACAACGGCGCCGCCGCCCCCGGCUUCUUCGAGUCCUUCAAGUCGCUGCUGGUGCCCGGGAGCCGGCGGGGACGCCGCGGCAGUGCCAUCGGGCUGGGCUCGGUGGAGGAGGCGCUGCUGGUGCCCGGGAAGAGUCCGUCGAGGCGGCGGCCCGGCCCGUUGGGGUCCCGCCGCUCCAGCGCCAUCGGGAUCGAGAGCAUCCAGGAGGCACCGGCCGGCAGGGACGGCCCCGCCGCCCCCCCCGAGGGCAGCAGCUCCGCACAAAGCUCCCCAGAGAGCCGCCCCCACCCCGGCAGGCCUGAGAAGCCGGAGCCGCCGGAUUUCUCCCGCUCCUCCUCCAGCGCCAGCAGCUUGGGCAGCACCGCCGAGGAGCCGGGCGGGGAGAGCCGCUCACCCUCGGGAACCCCCCGCGACGCCUUCACUGACAACCCCUGGCAGGAUGACCCCCCCAGGACACCCCCAGGCCACCCCCCCUCUGAACCCCCCUGCCCCGAGAUCAAAAUCCAGCUGGAGCAGCCACCCCCCAACCCGGGCUCAUAAUUACCCUCCCCAUGACACCCCGGGGGAAGGGGGUGUCACCACUUCACACCCCCACCCCGUAUGCCACCCCCGUGCCAGGAGCUGAAGCCAUCGUCCCCGGUGCAGGAUGAGGGGGGGCACUCCUCCAAAAAUGGGGGGUGUCCCCCCCUCCAGACAAUCUUUGUCAC